AUGAGCAUAUCCUAUGAUUAUGAUUAAAUGCCACUUAAAAAGAUCUUACUAGAGCUGAUUAUUUGGUAAGCAGGUGUCUAAAUAAAUUAAUUCUCUAAGUGGGAUGAUGAAAUGAAGAGAAUUUUACAAACUAAGUUGAAAAUUAUUUUUACAGAUGAUCAAAAAAUAAAAUAUGUUACAGAAGAUGGAUCUAUUCUAAGAAUGUUAAAUUAUUCAUUUAUAUAAUAUCUAGUGAUGAAAUUAAAGAUCUGUCAUAACAACCCUUAAUAAUGAAAAAUUUAGACUAAAUUAAAAACCUCUAAUUUAUUGGUUAAUAUGGAAAUAAUCUAAAAAAAGUUGGAAAAUGGAAAACUGUUUGGAAAGGUUAAACUAUAUCGGAUGCAAGAGCUUUUUAUUCUGAAGAAGGGGAAAAAUAAGGUUUAUGGAAAGGAUGCAUUGAUAAUUUUUGGAGGUAUAAAUGAUUUAAAAUUUAUAAAAAUUUAGUUUAGCUUAGAUCUUUGAAAUUGGGAAAUUUGAAAAAAACUAGAGAAUAGGAAUAUUUACUUACAUAUAUGAAAAUGAAGAAAUGUAUUUAAAUAAUAAAUUUUGUAAAGAGGUGGUGGAAAUUAUAAUGAAAAGGGUUUAAAAGAGGGCUAAUGGAUUGAUUUGAGUCCGAAUUUUUAUAAGUAUCAAAUUUUGAUUAAAUAAUAAAAAUAUUAGUUAUAGCGAAGUAACUUAUAAUGGAGAAUAUAGGAAUGGAAAAAAAAUUGGGAAAUGGGAUAUAAAAUACAGAAGAAUAGAAACCGAUCAAUUUCUUAAAAUGUAAUUAUAAAAUAAUUAUAAAUUAAUUAAGUGGUUGGGGAUAAUAUGAUGAUUAAGGGUUUAAAAAUGGGAAAUGGAUAGAAUUGAAAGAAAAUUUUUCUAUGUAAGUGUUUAAUAAAGUAUAAUAAUUAGGUAUUCCCAAGUAAAAUAUAUAGGAGAAUAUUAAAAUGGUCUAAAAAUUGGUAGAUGGGAUUCCAUAUUUGACAAAGAAUUGAUGUAAAUAAAAUACAAUUUUUAUUUUUAGUGGUGGUGGAUUUUAUGAUUUAUAAGGUUAAAAAUAGGGUAAAUGGAUAGAAUUAAGCAAUAAUUUUUAUGAGUAAAUAUAGUAUAACAUUGAUGAUUAGUCUUGCUUAGGUUAUUUAUAUUGGAGAAUAUUGCAAUAAUGAAAAAGUUGGAAUAUGGUAAGCAAAUUGUAGAAAUGAUUAAAAUGAGCCAUUUGAAUAAAUGUAAAUAAAAAAUAAUCUAAAAAUAAAUUAGAGGUGGUGGAUAAUACGAAUAAAAUGAAUAAAAAAAUGGUCAUUGGAUAGAUUUAAGUGAUAAUUAUAGUAGGUAUAUUAUUAACACUUAUUUUAAUUAUCAGUUUUGCCUAAGUAACAUUUUCUGGUGUUUAUCUAAAUAAUUAAAAAAUAGGUAGAUGGGAUAUUAAUUUCAAGUAAGAUGUAGAUAAACCUAUAUAAUUAAUGUAAAUUAUAUCUUAAUUUAAUAUAGUGGUGGUGGAUCAUAUGACGAAUAAGGAUAAAAAAAUGAUAAAUGGAUAGAAUUGAAGGAUACUUUUGACUAGUAAUAGAUUUUUUAAAGUUUAUUUUUUUAAAGGGAGAAUUAUGUCAUAUUUUCUGGAUAAUAUUAGAACGGUUAAAAAAUUGGUAGAUGGGAUAUUAAUUUUAAAUCAAACUAAAAUAUGCCAAUUUAAUUAAUGUAUAUACUAUCUUAAAAUUAAAUAAGUGGUGGUGGAUUAUAUGAUGAAUAAGGAUUAAAAAAUGGUUAAUGGAUUGAAAUAAUUGAAGAUUUUAAAAAGUAAAUUAUUUAUUUAUAUAUUCAGGGAAAAAUAAAUAACUCAUGUUUGUCAAUAUAAAAGGGGUAUAAAAUUUGGUUAAGAAAAUAUUGUUUAUUUUUAUAAUGAAAUAAUGUAUUUGAAUUAAAUAUAACUUAAUUUAGUGGUGGAGGAGUAUAUGAUGAAUAAUUUAUGAAAACAGGAGAAUGGAUAGAAUUAAGUGAUGACUUUAAAGAGUAUCAAUAACAUAUAUAAUAAGUUCAAAGCGAAUCACUUAUAUUGGACUUUAUCAAAAUGGAAUAAAGGUGGGUUAAUGGAAAACCAAUUUUAGAGGUGAUUGCAAUAAACCAAGUUAAUAGAUGUAUAUUUUAUACAAUUUUUAUAAGAGGUUCUGGAUAUUAUGAUAUGGAUGGAUAAAAAUAUGGUGAUUGGACAGAAAUUAAUAAAUACUUCUAUAAGUAUGAAUAAUUUAUAAAUUUCUAAUUAGAGAUGCUUAAAUAAUUAGAAAGGGCUAAUAUAAAAACAAUUAAAAAAUUGGAAUUUGGAGCACUCAUUUUAGAGAUCUUGGAAAGGAUUCAUAUUAAAAGAUGUAAUGAUAUUUAAUAUAAUUAUUUUUAGUGGGGGUGGCUUAUAUGAUAUUUAAGGUUUUAAGACAGGAAUUUGGUUUGAUUAAAGUUAUGCAUUUAAUUUGUAAGAAACCUAUUGAUGAUAAAUUAUUAGUGGUUCUGAAUUAAGUGAAAAUGGUGUAUACUAAAAUGGUCAAAGACAUGGGAGAUGGAAGAUUACUUAUGAUAAAAAAAUGAUGUAAUAAAAUAAAAAAAUUAUUUUAGUGGAGGAGGAUAUUAUGACAAUCAAGGUUAAAAGAUUAGAAAAUGGAGAGAAAUAAUUGAUAAUUUCAAUUAGUAAUAAUAUUAAUUAGGUCUAUUCUAUUAGAUAAGCUUAAGUUAUUUUUAGUGGCUCUUAUAAGAAUGGAAUAAAAGUUGGCUUAUGGGAAUAGUAUUAUAAAUAAGAUUAUCGUUUUGAUUUCAUGUAAUAAUAUCGUUGUAACAAUUAUUUAGUGGAUGUGGAUUAUAUGACAACUAAGGACUUAAAAUUGGCAUUUGGAUAGAUCUAAUCCAAGAUUUUACUUUGUAUCUUUAUUUAUUUUAUUCUUUAAUUAUCAGUUGGAACUAAGUUAUUUAUAUUGGUCAGUACAUAUAAGAUACAAAAGUUGGAACUUGGAUCUAGAAGCAGAAAGACCCUUAAAAAUAUGAAAAAGAAUUUGUAUAAAUGUAAAAUUAUUAUACUAUUUAAAGAGGUGAAUAAAAUUAUUGA